AUGGUGUCGCUUCAAAUUGUACAGCAAUCCAAUGCCCGACUGGCGACUCUUCCCAAGGGUCUAGUGGCUCUGUUCAUCGGUGCAACUUCAGGCAUCGGCCAGAGCGCCCUUGAACAUUUUGCCCAGGAUGCCUCUGCUCCACGCAUCUACACUGUCGCUCGGCCACAGACUGUUGCCUCACACGAGAAACUUCUCUCCUCUUUACGGGAGGCCAACCCAGAUGGCACCUAUAACCUGAUCACGGCCGAUGUUUCUCUCAUCUCAGAGGUCGAUAGAGUAGUCAGUGCCAUCAAACAGUCUGAGACGAAGCUUGACUUGCUAUUCCUGUCAGCCGGCUUCAUGGCAUUUGAAGGCCGCAAGGACACCAGCGAGGGUCUUGAUCCAUCUAUGACGACACGCUACUACUCACGACUCCGGGCAGCCGAGCAGCUUCUUCCCCUGCUCAAUAAAUCCACCACCUCAAGCCCAAGAGUCAUCUCGAUUCUGGCCGGAGGAUUUGAGGCCCCGCUAAACGAGAGCGACCUCGACCUUCGCGACCCCAACAACUGGACGACGUGGAACUCUUCGCUUCAUUCUGCAACCAUGGGUACAUUGGCCUUUGAGGUUCUGGCCCAGCAGAACCCCAACAUCAGCUUCGUGCAUUGGUGCCCCGGACCAGUAGCUACACCGGGUUUGGCCAGAGCCAAGAAGUUUGGCAUGUCACCGCCGAACCAAAUGAGCCAGGACGAAAGCGGCGCUCGUGCACUCUUCGUUGCCACCAAUGAUCGGUAUUCCGUCCAAGGAGGACUCGUGUCGAUACCAGAGGGGCUCGAAGCAGCAAAGAAGACGGGUGGGGGAAUCUUUAUUGUUGAUCCAGAAGGCGAGUCCAUCGAUAACGAAAAGGUAUUGCGAGGGAUGAGAGAACGGGGUGUGGACAAGGCAGUUUGGAGCUUCACGAACAAGAUCUUUGCCGCUCGCACCGGCGCCUCCAAGGAUGAGCUGUGA